CCCCCUUCUUAUGAAAUACAUGUGGUGUGAAGACUGUUUUCCUUAUUAAUAUUCGAGUAGUUUACAAUUUUAGUUUACAUUCGACACUUUAGUUGUGGUAUUUGCAUUUCCAGUGCAGUUUGGCAAACCUCGAGUCCCAGCGCUUCUCACUCUCACGGCGCAUGCGCAAAGCGUCAAAAUGGCGGCGCCCAUGAAGUUCGUUUGCCUCGAGCAGUUUCCAUCCGAUUUGCACCCACUGCAAGUAAUCGUCCAUAAGUCACAGUUAACUCCGAUGUUUCCGAACUGCACUGAAACCUCAUGCGCGCUGUUAUUAUCCUGUCAGGAAACUCGGCCGUUCAGAAAGUCUGCAGUUUUAGUUUGCGCCCACAUAACAUCUGAGGAGCUCCCUGACUGCGCGGUCCACAGGAACUCCAGCACUCUGAUGAUUUAUGUGUCGAAAACCUUUUUAAGUCACUACAGUUUUCAAGAAGAAAAGUCAGGAAUCGCGCGUAGCAUACAGCUUCUGCCUUUGGACAAGAUAACAAUUGGUGCUCGCACGAAGCAGAGUUUCAGAUGGGCGUCUUCGGAAGAGUUCUCCAGUUACCUGCUAGUUUUGGCAUCAUGUCCAGGACAGACACUGUUGGUGAGGAGGGGUGACACUCUGAUUUUACCCCACCAUCCCCUCCUCGGGGAUAACGCCACUCUGGUGCAUCAAUAUCUCUCUGAUUUGGUUGUGCUGGAUUGUACACCUCUUACCCAGGGUAUGAUCACUGUGAACACUACUGUUGUAGUCUCUGAUUGCAGAGACCUUUUACAUGGCCAUGGUGUUUUGGACUCUGCUGACAGCAGCGUAACCCACAGACCGUCCAGCGUGUCCUUGUUUGUCUCUGAUUUCGCCCAUUAUGCAAACAAUCUUGCCUCCGGGAGCUCCUUACUAAGCAACCGACUUUUGUUCAGUUCUGGAUUUACAGAGGUCCUCCAAGCUCUCGAGUGCAGGCUGGACGUGCAGGUCACCUUCGACAGUGCUAAGCUUUGCAGGUUGGCAAAAUCAGGAAGGAAAAUUGGGAAGAAUGCAGAGCUGGAUGCGGACAGCUCUAUUUUUGUGAGCAAAAACAUGUUGUUGAAACUAGGGUUGUUUAACGGUGAAUGGGUCAUGGCUUCCCCAGGAAACAUAAAAAGAUGUCCAGGGGUAGAAGGGGGACAAAGUCCUCCAGACAACGAAAGUGCAACAACAUUUGUUGCUAAGACCAAAGGACAUUGUGAACUGGCUAAAAUCGUGGCUUUUAAGAAGUCUCCAGACUUGGAUGUUAACGAUAACACAGGUUUCAUAUCACCUGUUCUGUGGUUUAACUUGUCCGAUGGAGAUGCAGCACCUGUUGAAAGUAAAAGUCUUAAAAUCAAGAGAUGGAACAAGCCACCGUUACAGCCAGGACAGAAACUGUCUGCAAGUAUGUGCUGUUCUACUGCACCUCCAUAUGCCAAAGAGCUGCACAUUGAAGUGGUUGUGUCUCCAGAUUAUGACUCCCGUCAGCCCUUUGACAAUGUUCUCUUUAAGCACUUUAGCACACCUCGACUUGUCCAGCAGGGAGGCAUACUGGGCAUUUCAACCGAAGGGCAUCCUGAUUUUGUAGAAAGCAGCUCUGGUGGAAUCACAAGAUGGCCUGUCUUAUAUUUUAAAGUGAAGCAGGUGUCUGGCUUUUCUGAGGAUGCGGCGGAAGUCACAUCAUAUCUUGCUGACACAGACCACACCUCUCUGUAUAUGAGAGGCAGCACCAAUAGUCUGGCACCGUUCUCUAUCUCAGAGCUAAGUUCAUCCUUCUGGAUGAGUCUCGCACCUCCGGGACUUUCUGGUGCUGUUGAGAAAUUGGUCUUCAUCGUCCAGCCACAUUUGACAGAAAGGUGUGCAAGUUUGAGACGACCAUGCUCCAUUCUCUUAAUGGGUCCAGAUGGAUGUGGGAAAGUCACAGCGGUUAAAGCAGUUUGCCGGAGACUUCACCUGCACCUACUUAAGGUGGACUGUGUGACCCUGUGUGGAGACACUGCAGCUUCCUGCGAGUCCAAGAUGAAGGCUGCCUUCCAAAGAGCUGAGCUCCAUCAUCCCUGUGUGCUUCUGCUCAGAAACCUGCAGUUACUCGGCCAGCGGCGAGAUGGUACAGAAACAGACACCAGAGUAGCCUCUGCGCUCUGCCAGCUUGUAGCCGAUGCCCACCUAAGUGUAAUCAUAGUUGGGUGUGUGCAUGGCCAACGAGAUUUGUCCUCAGAUGUGAUGCCUGCCUUUGUGCACCAGGUGGUGAUAGAGAGUCCCACAGAGGAGCAGAGGAAAGCCAUGCUAGCUAGCCUCAGUCAAGAUCUCCCUCUGGGAAAAGAUGUCAAUCUGGUCAAAAUCGCUAAACAGACAGCGGGUUUCAUUUUGGGAGAUUUUUGCGUAUUACUCAUCAGUGCUGGAAAAGCAGCUCAUCGGCGCCUGCUGAAAACUUACUAUCCACUUGGAGCCAGUGCUCAGGAAGAGGAGGACCUGUGUGUGCUCGGUGUGACCAUUAUGGGAGCUGACUUCACUUCAGCGCUAGAGACUCUACAGGAAGCCCACUCACAGGCAAUUGGCGCACCAAAGAUCCCAUCAGUGAAGUGGCAGGAUGUGGGCGGACUGCAGCAAGUGAAGAAGGAAAUCCUGGACACCAUCCAGCUCCCUCUUGAACAUCCAGAGCUCCUCUCCCUGGGCCUCAGACGCUCUGGUCUGCUCCUGUACGGGCCUCCAGGCACCGGCAAGACCCUGCUGGCCAAAGCUGUGGCCACAGAGUGCUCUAUGACCUUUCUUAGUGUCAAAGGUCCAGAGCUCAUUAACAUGUAUGUUGGUCAGAGUGAGGAAAACAUCAGAGAGGUGUUUUGCAAAGCUAGGACAGCAGCACCAUGCAUUAUCUUCUUCGAUGAGUUGGACUCAUUGGCCCCUAAUCGAGGCCGCAGUGGAGACUCGGGAGGGGUGAUGGACAGGGUCGUGUCACAGCUCUUAGCUGAGCUUGAUGGUCUGCAUUCAUCUAGCGAUGUCUUUGUGAUUGGAGCAACCAACCGACCAGACUUACUCGACCAGUCACUGCUCAGGCCUGGAAGAUUUGAUAAGUUAGUGUAUGUUGGCAUCAAUGAAGACAAGGAAUCACAACUGCAAGUCCUCAAGGCUAUAUUACGAAAGUUUAAGGUAGAUCCCAGUGUCAGUCUGUCAGAAAUAGUGGAGCGCUGUCCACUUCAGCUCACAGGAGCAGAUCUAUAUGCACUCUGCUCUGACGCCAUGAUGUCUGCUAUUAAGAGGAAGAUUUUGCACGUCACUGAAGGUCUGGAGUCAGAGGAUGUUACGCUCAUGCUGUGUGCUGAAGACUUUAACCGGGCUCUGGAUGUCUUGCAGCCGUCUGUGUCUGAUGAGGAGCUGCACAAGUACAAACUUAUCCAGCAGAAACUCACUGCGAAGUAACACAGCCGCCACCACCACCACCACAACCACAAACGCCGCGGCAGACUGGAGUAAACUCCUGUAGAUCACACCAUUCUUCCUGCUCCAAGCCACCUCCGUCUCUGUGCUGCUCCAGAUUCCCUACUCUGCCUACUCAUACUUUGCAGCCGGAUCUCUUUCUUUAACUUUCAGCUAAUUUGACAAAUGUCAUUUUACUGCACUACACUUUUCUAAAUUAAUACACAAGGAGAUUGGAGGAAAUUGAAAAAGAAAAAGGGUGAGAAGAAAACCCUUCACAUGGUGAUAAAGUUUAUAUCCAUAGGGAAAAAUUAGAUUAGAAAGUUAAUAAAAUAUUUCUAUAUAAUUUUAGGGAACUAUAUCUAUCCUAAGAUAAAGGUGGCAAACUAUGUAAGAAGUGGAAAAACUUUUUUUGUUGUUUUUCCCCCAAAACUGCAUUAGCAACCAAGUUUCAGAUUUUGACUAAAAUGGUAAAAUCAGCCAUAUUUGUAAAAAAAAAAAAAAAAACAAUGGGAAAAUUAAAGAAAGUAACAAUCACAAAACUAAAUUAAAGCAUCAUCAGUUUUGACAUAAGCCUUACCUAAAGUAUUUUCUGGC